AUGAAAAGCCUAAGGCCCAAAGUCUUCUGCAAGGCUUUAUGCCUAUGAAGCCAGUGUUGUCUAGAAAUAUGACGAUUUCCUCAUGUCCUGAGCACUAAAAGGCUAAAAGAAUCCUCUAUCGCAGAGUUGAUUCAAGCGUUUUCAGGUGAGUGCCUCAAAGAAAUUGCCGAUAUCACCAGUUUUUUGACGUCGGCAAGGAAGGAAGUGAUUUGACAUCAGGUGAGCCCGAAGCUUGCAGUAAGAUGGAUACGGGCUGAAAUAAUUCCCCGAGACCCACUAUAACUUAUCUAAUCAAUCAAAAAAUAUCUUGGGCAAAUAAAAUUUUUUUAUUAUUGAGAAGGAGAGAACACAAGCGAUGAUCUAGUUUAAUAAUUUUAAGUUGAAAAAUGUCAUUCCUAGAUAUAAAUCAUUAUACCGUCUACACAUGAAGGAGCUAAUAUUAUUUUAG